CACGGGUGUGCUACUAUUUUGGUUGACACGAGUCCCCGUGUUUACUCUUGGGAGCAUGGGAGUGGACCUCACUGCUUUGGUCCUUUCAUUUGGGAUCUCCUUUGUCAAACCUUACCACCACAAAGCAACGACGUUGUUGGCUUAGAAAGGGUAUCCUUUAAAAAUGUACAAUUCCAGAACGUUCUUAUUUCAGGUGUGUUUGAGUCUGCUGCUUUCUACAGGCUCCUGCACCUGCAAGCCAAUCGGUAAUGUCAGCCAAAGCCACGAGGUCCUUGAGGGGUUUUAUUUCCAGCAAUCAGAGGAGGAUCUUCUGGAAGAGGAAGACAUGGACUCCAGGAUGGAAGACUUCCUCGGCACCAUGAAAGAAGAUUUUCUCAGGAAACUCAACCUUUCUGAUGUGCCGCAAGAACACGGCAAGAUUGACCCUCCGCAGUUCAUGAUGGAGCUAUAUAACAAGUACGCGUCUGAUAGCACUGCGAUCCCUCAGUCGGACGUCAUACGGAGCUUCAGUGUCCAAGAUAUCACACAUUCCGAGUCGAGGCACAGGAUGCUGUUCAACAUCAGCAUUCCCAGCCAUGAAAGGAUCACCACUGCUGAAUUACAGCUCUUCUUCCUCCUGAAUGGCAGGUCAGAGGCCGCCUCCCACGGUUUCAAGACCUCCGUCAAUGUCUACAAAGCAGAUUACCGUGACAGGAAAUCCACGCCGCAGCUACUAGCUAGCAAAGAGUUGAGCAGCUCCCAGAACGUGUGGGCAACGUUAGAUGUCACCUUAGCGAUACAGAAUGGAAUCAUGUCAGGCCACGGAAUAACUGCAUUGGAUGUAGUCGUGCAUGGGAAUGGCUGCGGUGGUGGUACUGGUGAUACUGGUCUGAUGCUGAGCGCGUCACUGGGAGAUAACACUUCAGCAGCUUUGAUAGUCUUCUCAGACGACCUCAGCAGCAGGAGAAGGGAAGCCAAGAAAGAACUAAGAGAGAUGAUACUCCAUGAAGAAGACGCCAUCUUCCAUGCGGGUACCGAGUGGAACACAGAGAAUCGGCUCACCAACCACAUUCCGGAAACUCAGCACCGUCGAAAGAGGAGAAAGGCAGAGAGGGAAUACUGCAGAAGAACGUCCCUAAAAGUCAACUUUAAAGACAUCGGCUGGGAUAGAUGGAUUGUGGCGCCUCCAGAAUACGAUGCGUUUGAAUGUCGGGGAUUGUGCUACCACCCACUGACGGAUGAAUCCACCCCGUCCAAACACGCCCUCAUCCAAACGCUAAUGAACAUCAGGAACCCCAAAAAGGCGAACAUGGCGUGUUGUGUUCCCAUCAAACUGGACCCCAUCACCGUCAUGUAUCAAGAGAAUGGACGCCUCACCAUUAGACACUUGUACGAGGAAAUGAAGGUGGCGGAGUGCGGAUGCAGGUAGUCACAAACGGUACCAUUAUUUCAUUCGGCAGCACUUAUUGAAAUGAUUACUAGAAUUGUGCUUAUGAAUCGGUUGUAAAUCUGUACAUUUGUCAUUCAUUCAUUCAUUCGUUUGUUCAUUCAUUUUCUACCGCUUUUCCUCACGAGGGUCGCAGGGGUGCUGGAGCCUAUCCCAGCUGUCUUCGGGCGAGAGGCGGGGUACA